CAGUCAUAUCAGCACGACAGCAUCAUGUUCCGUCUGGUUCUCUCCUGUCUGGUGCUGGGCGCCGCCCUCGCCAAGCCGUCGCCUGGCGAGGCCUAUGGCAAAGUCCCGGAGAUCUCUCCGCGACUGAAGUCCGAGGCUCAGCCGCUGCCGGAGCCCGACGCUAAAGAGAGGGCCUCGUACACGCUGGCUGCUGGUAGCUACUACAUCACUUCGCCCAAUUACCCGAACUACUAUCCGAAUGGCGUUUACCGGAGCUACACACUCCAGGGACGUGACGGUCAGACUCUCUCCAUCUCUUGUGAGAGAUUCAACGUAGAGAGCCACAGCUCCUGCUCGUAUGACUUCCUCUCAGUCAACGGCCAGCGGUUCUGCGGCUCUACCGGGCCCAACGUGAGCGGCGCCGUUCUGGAUGUCGUCUUCAGCACGGACGGCUCCGUCAGGAGGAGGGGCUUCUACUGCAUCAUCACGGUGCCAACCGGCGGCGGCAGCGGCAGCACGGCGGCCACCACCGCCGCCACCACCGCGGCCACCGGCAGCCCCUCCGGCGACCAGUGCUGCGGCGUCGCCAACCGCGCCUCCCGCAUCGUCGGCGGUGUGCAGACCGAGGUCAACGAGUACCCAUGGCAGGCGGGUCUGGUCAGCACGGGCGGCAGCCGCACCUGGUGCGGCGGCACCGUCAUCAACAACCGCUACGUGCUGACGGCGGCCCACUGCACCGCCGGCCAGUCGGCCAGCGGCAUCCAGGUCCUGCUGCGUGAGCACCGCAUCGGCACCUCGGACGGCGAGAUGCGCUUCAGCGUGGCGCAGAUCAUCGACCACCCGUCGUACACUUCUGCCUCCGGGUCCGGCUACGACUUCUCGCUGCUGAAGCUGUCGUCCACCAUCGACUUCUCGUCGCUGUCCAACAGGGUGGCCCCGGCGUGCCUGCCGACCGGCGGCGAGUUCGCCAACGUGAACGCCAUCGUCAGCGGCUGGGGAACCACCUCUUCGGGCGGCUCUCAGGCCACCGUGCUGCGGGAGGUCACCGUGCAGACCAUGACCAACGACCAGUGCCGCCGGGCGUACGGCUCCACCAUCAACAGCAGCAUGCUGUGCGCCGGCGUCGAGGCCGGCGGCAAGGACUCCUGCCAGGGCGACAGCGGCGGCCCGCUGGUGACCGACGUCAGCGGACGCUACACGCUCAUCGGCGUGGUGUCGUGGGGCGCCGGCUGCGGCGACGUCGGCUACCCGGGCGUCUACGCGCGCGUGACCGAGGUCACCAGCUGGAUCCAGCAGAACACCGCCGACGCUAGCCUCUGCUAACGGCUUUCGUAAUCACGACUUCUCAUAUUUGUAAAGCAGUAAUGCUUAUAUAUGAAAUGUGGUUAUCAGAUGCACACGAUUGUGGUGCACACUGCACAUGAUUCAAAAUAACCUUGACACUUUCGGCGCACAUAACUUUGGGAUGUUGUACACACAAUGAAUUGACACUAAAGACUCGGAGAGUAUGUUUAGUAUAUCGUUAAUACAGUUUUUGCAAGUCAAAAGUCUUUGCGACCGUUGUGAUGUCUUCAGUCUGAUGUUUCCUUUUGGCACUUUCUUCCUUGGUACUUUCAGCGUCAAUAUCCACUGUUCACUGUUCAGUCGAUGAAUGCAGUUUUAUUUUAUUAUUGUUAUUAUUUUACUGAAUCGAGCUCUCCGCAUGCAAAGUUGCAUAUUGGGUAUCAGCUGGAUUGGCAAUUUCGAGCUUUGCUCUUUUUUUUAACUUCGGCUUCGUACACUACACAAUACACAUUCAAUCUUCUA